AUGCCAUCAAUUUUUGUUACAUUAUUCGUCUUUGUUACAUCUUCUGUUUAUGGUAAUUAUACAGGUCUCUUGACCCCUGGUUGUGUCACCAGCUACCAUCGGAUGUUCAUCACCAGAAGGGUACCACCAAGAAACUACCAAUACUUCCAUGAAACCAGGAGUUCAGACCCAGUCCAUUUUUAUGAAGAGAAUAUGGAGACUACAAGGAAUGUCAAGUUAAAAUGGCGCAUCGUAGGUGGCAGGCAGAUCUCCAUCACGGAUAUUCCAUACCAGGUGAUGUACGGGAGGUACUGUGGAGGGACCCUCAUAGCCCCGGAGUGGGUCAUCACUGCAGCACAUUGCAGAAGCACAGAGAAUUAUGUAUACGCAGGAUCGACGUACCGCAGUCAAACUCUCCCGUUCAAGAUUUGCGCUCACUUCAUACAUCCAUUAUGGAAUAGCACUGAAAAAGUGCAUUUCCAUGACUUCGACUAUCAAUUGCUGUUACUUGAGACUCCAAUUCCGGUCACAUCCAAGUCGAGACCAAUUGCGAUUGGGUCGAUUGAGGAUAUAGUUUCCGGAGCUAUGGUUUCAGUAAGCGGAUGGGGUCAUACAAGAUAUAAACAAGGAAGAAUGGAAGACGUGUUACGUCGAGUGUUUGUGCCAGUUAUUUCGUUUGAGGUAUGCCAAUCGCAGCCCAAUCAGAACUAUCGCACUAUAUCGCCUAGAAUGUUCUGUGCUGGCUUCCCGAAUGGCACUAAGGACUCUUGUCAGGGUGAUUCUGGUGGACCAGCAGUUAUCAAUGGCAAGUUAGUUGGGCUAGUGUCAUUUGGAGUGGGCUGUGCUGUCCCUGAUCAACCAGGAGUGUACACCAACAUCCCGAUUAUGAGGGAGUGGAUACGGUACAUCACGGCGUUACCUCUGUGA